CAACUUCUGGUGGUGGCGGCGGUGGAGGUGCUUCAGCUUUCUUUACGGGGGAGGUCCUGGAGCAGGUCCUGGCCGCCGCCCAGCUGUGUUGGCUGACGGUGCGCUGCUGCGGUCGUAACGCGGAGGAGCUGGCGCGGAGCGGCGGGGCGGGGGUGAUGGUGCAGCUGCUGAGCAGCUGCAUGCAAGCGCUGCGCCCAGGCAGCCCCGCCGCCCUGCCGCCCGCCCGCAUCGCCACCGCCGCCCUGCGCUGCCUGGCGGGCCUAGCAGCGGUUCCCGAGGCGCGAGCUGCCCUGGCGGCGGGGGCUGCUUCGGACACUGCUGGUGGUGGUGGUGGUGGUGGUGGUGGUGCUGCUGAUGCUGCCGCCCCUGCCCCUGCCGCAACCCCCACCCCCACCGCACGUCGCCUCAUUCGUGACGUGCUAUGGUGCACUGCCCACCUCCUCACCACACAUGCGGCUUCUGCUGCUGCUACAGCCGCCGCUACCAGUGGUCCCGCUACUGCUACUGCUACCGCUGCUACAGCCACCCUCAGCCAAUGUCACGGGGCAGUGGACGCCGCUCUGAUAGUGCUCGGACAGCUAGCAGCCUCCCCUGAGCUACAGCGGGAGGCGCUAGCAGCAGGAGCCAUGCAAGCGCUACUGCCGCUUGUGUUGUCGUACGACAAUACCCUUCCGGACGCCGUACAAUCGGCCCUGCUGGUGCCGUAUUCCGGCCCUGAGCCCUCCUCGCCGCUGUCUCAGGGGCUCAUUGCCCUACUCGCCCUUCCUGACACGGCUGUUCCACCCACCUCCACCGCCUCCUCCAACCCCGCGUCCACCUCCACUACCCCCAACAGUGGCAGCAGCACUGGCAACAGCAGCAGCAACAGCAGCAGCAGCAGCGACUCAACUCCCAACCACCACCAUCCCGCCCGCAGCAGCACCCCAGCCGCCAUGUCACAGCACGCCGUGGCCGCAGCUCAGGUCCUAGCCCGACUAGCCGGCAUGCUUCCUGCUCCCCACCACACGCCGACAUGUGCCCCCGCUAGGGCUGCCCUUGCCGCCCUACUCACGGAACCCCUGGCCGGUCGGCUGGGGACCAGCGGGGGCGGAAACGGAAGCGGAGGUGGUGGUGGUGUCGGAGGCGGCGGGGAUAGUACGGCAGCGGCGGUGGAUCCCCGGCCGUUGCUUCGGUUGCUGUGCGGCACGCAUGAGACGUGUCGGGUGAUUUGGAACCCGGGGAUGCGCCGUGAGCUGCUGACCUUCCUAGCUGCCGCCGCCUCCUCCUCCUCCUUCCCCUUCUCAGCCACUUCCACUCCUUCUGGCUUCUCCAUGUCGGGUCGUGGACAUGCCCAGCAGAAAACCAACGGUUCCAGGGAAGAGGAGGGUUCCAAUGCGGGAAGGCAGCCAGGCAGCGCCGACGGGGAACAGGAACAGCGCCCGUCUGCGCUGUCGUCGCUGCAGCGUUUCUCCCACGGUCAGCUGUCCGGGGAGCUGGUGGUGGGCGGGGUGUACGUGCGGGUGUUCAUUGCGCGGCCCAAUGAACUGCCUCCGGACCCGGCUGGCUUCUGCAAGGCACUGGUGCGCUACCUCUUCGACGCCCUGCUCCCCCUGCCGCCGGGCUCCCUGCCGCCCGUGUCGGCCUCCGCCUCCGCCUCCACCUCCUCCUCGCUGCCCGCGCUGCUCUCCGCCCUCACCGCCACUCGCCUGCUGCUGCUGUCCGAGCCGCGACUGCUGGGCCUGCUCGCCUCCCGAUCCGCGCUCUCACCCUUCGUGGGGGCGCUGCAACCCGCGGCGGCUGCUCCGGCGGCGGCAGGUGUCAAGAAAGAGGCGGUCGGUAGGGCCGCAGGGGCUACUGCCGCAGGGGUUACUGCCGCAGACGCGAGUGCUAGCAGAGGAGGACAGCAGCAGCACCUGCAGCAGGAGGAAGGCAAGAAGGCGAAGGAGCAGGACUUGCUAGGGGAGGAGUUGAGCGGCGGCGCCGAAGCCGGAGCCGUCCCCAGCAUCGCAGAGACCAAGGAGAAGGCAGUUGCAGCCGCAGCGGCUGCAGCCGCAGCAGAAGCCGAGGAGCGGCGAGUGUGGUCGGACCGUCUCGCCCUAGGCGGCCUAGGCGUGCUAGCCCUGGCGGCCCAGCACGGCGGCUGUCUGGAAGCCUUUGCGGAGGAGUCCUGUCUGCGGCUGCUGUUCUGGCUGCUGCACGCGCCCACCUCGCCGCACCUGCUCACGGCUACCCUGAGGCUGCUGCGCACGCUGACGGGGCAAACGGCGGCUGCGGCGGCAGUGGCAGCGCAACAGGGCGGCUGGGUGUUCCUGCUGGAAGUGCUGCUGCCGCGGGAGAACCACCUGUGGAUGUGGCAGCAGCAGCAGGCGCAGGCGAUUGUAGCGCAGAGGAGCGGGGUGACCCAUGGGUCAUUGCUGCUGCCACCGGCGCCUGGGAGUAGUAGUCGUACGGAAGGCAGCAGCAGCAGCAGCAGCGGAAACAACGCGGAAGGAAGCAGCAGCAGCAACAAGGGUGUGGGUGAAGGUGCAG